AUGGGGAAUUUGUGUUAGAAAGAAUAAAAUGCAAAUUGUUUUGAUUAAUCAUCUAUCUAUUAUGAACCAAGAAAUGGUAUUUGCAUUAAAGAAAAUCUAAUUGACAAAUAUUUAUUCAACCGAUAACAAUCACUCUUAGUGCCUAGUGUAAGUAGAUUGAUCAUCAAAGAAGAAUUAGGAAAAGAGACAGAAACACCAAACAUUAGUGAAAGUAGUCAUAAAAUUAGUCGGUUUACUUAGUGUACAUCCAAUUAAAACCUGAUGGAAAGCUGUAUUAAUAAUAACACAUUUUAAUUGAUUAAUGUAAGUUCUGAGAGAUAUCUCCAUUCUCAUAGGAUACGGCAUCAAAAUUCCCGAAUGAAUGAAGUUUUGUGUUGCUAGGAAUGUCAUAAUGAAUAUGAUACUUGGGUUUUUGAAAACAUUAAUGAAAAUGUAGUUAAAGUAUUUUAAUAUUGAUUUAACUGUUAGUUAUAUCAUCCUUUAACAAAAUGUUAUUUAAAAGCUUAAUAAAGAAGUAGUAAUGGAUAGAUCGAUGUUGGAGGAAGUGAUGAAGGUGAUAAUUGGAGUAUAGAGAAAAUAAGUGAUAAUAUAAGUAAAUAAAUUUAAAAAUUAUAACCUGGUUAGAAAUUAAACACUAAAACACUGGGUACUAUUUACAAACUAAUGUAAAUUAGUGUAAUCUUGAAGGCUAAUUAAAAGUCUCAUUAUAAUAAAUAGAUUGUGGUAAACCAAAUGACAAUCAUACACUUUGGAAAAUAAAUGAAAUUUGA